UGCUGGUAUAGUUCAGCGAAAAAGGUGAACCGGGUCGGAGGUGUACUGUCUCGCGCUCGCGCUCCGGCGACUUUACUGCGUGUGCUUUAACGGUGUGUGCGCCACACCAUCAGCAAAACAGCUUCGGAACCACCACCUCCUACACGGCGCGACUCGGAACGGUUGCGGAGCGGGCAAACGUUGUGCGCCGGAAGGAAGGCAGUAUCUUGAAGGUUGUUGCGAACCAUAAAAAACUUUUCUCACUUGCUUCUCAAAUGGUAGUGUUAUUCGGUGCAGAAAGUGUAAACAAAAAGUGUCCCAAAAAUUUGCUUCCCUCCGUAAGGGAAGAAAAAGGUGUCCCGGUCGUGGUGUGUUUCGCGUGUGUGUUUGAACGCGGCCUACUGGAGUAGUCGGUUGUUAAUGUAUGUUUUUUGUUUCAAUCAAAAAGUGUCCAGUGUGUGUAUCUCUGUGUGUGUCUAUAUGCCAAGGUGUGUGCAAUAAGUUUUCCCAACCCCACAUGAAGUUCUAAAGCAAGUGUGCAAGGAAAUUAAGCAAAAGGGGUUUGUGUUGAGUGUGGUAAAAAAAGAGUAAGGUUAAGAAAAAAAGUGUCUGUGUGCGGGUGCGUGAAACAUCCUUCCCUCUGUUGGUGGUGAAAUAUGUCUCGAUCGCGUGGAUUACGAAGCUGCUACAGUUGCUGCACACUGUCCCCGACCAUGGCACUGCGUCUCGUCGUCCUGUCGCUGGCACUGGUCACCCUCGUCAGUGGAUCCUCCGUACCGUCCACGUGGUCCCGGGUGCACCGGACGGCCCGGGACACAACGGCCGGUGGGCGGGAACAGCCACCACACCACUCCAGCUCACUGAUGUCCUGCGAGCGUGUCAACAACUUCUUCUCCUCCAUCAAUGUGACCGUCAGCGUGGCAAGUCAAGGUUCCCAACGCGACCAAGGCCCGGUGUGCGGCGGUAUCUGCUGCGAUGCCGAGACGGAGCGACAGCUGCAGGCAAAGGCGACGAAAAACUUUGAACGAUUAGUCAAACACCACAUCCGGAGCCAGCGGGGGCACUGGGAAACGGCCGCUAAUCUCUACAAAGAAUACCUGCUCCAGCUGCUGCGACAGUCGGAAAACAAAACGCUCAUCCUCUUCUCGACCGUCUACAGCAAGAUGUCACCACUGUCCCGCGAACCGAUCCGCCAGCUGUACGAAACCAUCCGGCUCAACCUGAUCGCCGACUGGCCCGGGGACGAUUUCGAGCUCGUGACGAGCAAAUUCUUCCGCAACCUGUUCCCGGUGGCGUACCACCACGCAAUCCACUCGGACGUCCUGCACGGUACGGAGCGGGGACGCUCGGCGUCGGCCGGCGUAAGCGCGAACCGCGACUUUCACAGUGACUACAAGAACUGUCUGGUGCACACGUACGAUGAGCUGAAACCGUUCGGGAUGGUACCGCAGCAGCUGUCCAGCUCGCUAGUAUCGUCCGUAAGUGCCGCAUCCGUGCUGUUGCGUGCGCUGCGCGAAGGUUCCGAGGUGCUGCUCCGGCUGGAGGAGGUCGGCGUAUCGGCACCAAGCUGCCGGAAAGCAUUGCUACGCAUGAACUACUGUGGAAGCUGCAAGCGGUACAACCAUCUGCACGCGAAACCGUGCGCCGGUCUGUGCCAGAAUGUGAUGAGGGGCUGUUUAAUCGAAUUUGUCGGAGCGCUCAACAAGGGCUGGUCCACGCUUACGGAAGCGAUCGUUCCGCUAAUCGGUACCGUCCGCUCGAACGAAGGCAUCGAGAACGAGAUCAAAUCGCUCGACGGUAAACUGUCGAACGCCAUCAUGCACGCGAUGGAAAUUGGACCACAGCUUGAAAAACAGGUGGAACAGGCAUGCGGCGUACCAUCGAUGAUGCCGUCCGAAUAUCUGGCCGACGGAUCGUACGACGACGCGCCGCAAACGCUCGCCGGCAGCAGCAAGUGGUCGCUCGCACCGAACAACGAGAUGCUCCAGUUCCAGAUGACGAUCGACAAGAACAAGGAUCUCUUCAUUCAGCUGUCUACGACGCUGUGCGAAGACGAAGACUACCAUCCGACGGACGAGGAUUGCUGGACGGGCAGCAGCCUCAGUGACUACACCCAGCAAGUGGUGACGACGAUCGGCGAUCGGUACAAUCCGGAGGUGAUGUACAAUGCGACUGCGACGGUAUCGCCCCACAUGCAGACGCUGGUCGAUCGGCUUAUUAAUCUGAAAACGGCUGUGAACAAAGCGUACUCAUCGAACAACUUUAGGAGUGACGUCGACAAGAUGCAGUCCGACAUGGCGGAAGGUUCAGGCGAUUCCUAUCCCUCCGACGAUGAUGAAGAUGGAGAUCUAGCCUCAGGAUCUGGAGACGACGAUGUCAGUGCACGCACUGUCUUCCGCGAUGUGCCCAAGGUCACACCGACCCUGAACGAAAACAGCUCAUCGAAACGAAUCUCGGCCAGCUCGUGCUGGAGUUUGCUCUCCGUGUCCACGGUUGUCCUGUCCCUGCCGCUCCUACUGUUGAACGAUCGGUUCAGCAGGCACUGAGGGUCCGGCGAACGCGAGCGCUUCUGUUCCUUGGAUUAAGGUUAGCACAAGAUAAAACGGAAAGCAACACCUCCAAACCACACACACACACACACGCACACACGUUCAGUUCGCUGCAUUGUGGUUUCGAAUGUAGCAAUGUGUUGCAGCAAACACACAUUCAAUAUUUCACAACACACAUCUCUCGGUACCCUCACCAGACACUGCGUAAACACGCACACAUCCAUUCGUACACGCGCGCGUACACGAUCUUCCUCACGAAACACUCAGCACGCUCUUGGGGCAGCAGCGCCCAAAUGUAGGCAAUCGAUUUAGUCAAAGCGUGCAGUAUUUCUUACCCCGGUGGGUGCAGAUCAAUCAGUGUCACUGUGUGUCAUGGGAGUGGCAUGCGAUCGAGUUUCUACUACUUCAUGUUUAAUUUUCUAUCCUACCAACUGGAUAAAAGGGAGCACUACUAAAUCCCACACGGUGCUCCAGCUGUGCUUAAACGAGGUGAAGCAAUUCGUCGAAGCAAAUCUUGCUCCUUGGAUAGCGCUAUCAGCCCUAGGAUAGAAGCAAAGUCCUAGUGCAUUACUUUUAUUACCAGCCCGCGUUUUGUGCGGCAGUCAAUUGUUCUAGUGUACGUGCAGCUUACAGCUGGUCAGCAAAUCUCAAAUCCCCGAAAGAUCCCGUUCGAAACGAUCUCUCGUAGAAGGCCGCGCCGCGUGUGCGAGUAAGAAGAUUUCAGAAGUCAGACGUUCAGCAGCUAUACAUGCAGGGCAAGAUGGAAAUGGUAUAGACGUUUCUAGGUGAUUUAUUCCGUGAUUCUUCCACUGUCAUUUAUUUAAUCGAUUUUUAUUUUGUCAUAAAAUUUCACCUUCACCGUGUUGCAACUGCUCUAAUCAGAUUCCUAACGCGUCCCCGUUUUUGUCCCUAUCUCUCUCUCUAUCGUCUCCUCUUCUCAGCGUAUAAGUAUGUCUAAUACUUUACUUAGUCGUUUAAAGCAAACAAAAAAAGGAAAAAGAAAACAAAACCCUCGAUCAAUAUCGUAGCUAGACCAUUAUGAAACGAAUGAAGCACACACACAAACAAAAAAAAUCUUAUUUCUACUAAUCCAAACACUAAAAGAAAUGAAAAAAAAACGCGAAAACGUUACACCUAAAAACUGGAAGAAUCGAAACGGUCAUGAAAAUAUUAUGUAAAUAUUUAACUUAAAUCAAUCUACUAACAGCUAUUGUGAAGCACAAAGUGGAUGAAUGAAGAAGGGAGUGCAAGUAACCAACGUAGAAUAAGACGUGACGUAGCCCAGGGAAGGAAGAGAAAAUACAGUUUUCUUUUCUUCUCCCCCCUUUUUUCAAUAGAUCGAUAGGUACAAGCAGUCUAGCACACACACACAAACCAUAUUAGGCGCAUACGCAACGUAAAAAAUUCUACACUAGUUAACACAUUCUUCUAGACACAAUCACCAUGUGGGCAGUGCAGGAUACAAUUCCGCGGCGUUUGCGUUGCGUUGCCAUGGAAGGAACCAUCAAAGUUUUUUUUUAUCAAUCUGUCUUUUUUUAUCAACUUUGCUUUAGAAGCACACUAAAAACUGCUCCCGUAAAACAAUCUAAAAAAGUUAAUAUUUACAGCAGUAAAUUGUAUCGAUGUACCGAUAUUAUGAAAUGUGUCGAUGAGCAAUACGUUUUCAAACAGUACACCAUGUGCCACUAGCGCUUUGUUUUAAAAUGUAAAGCAAACGAAGUAAGUAACAGGUAUUGCUGUAAGGCACAGCGAUCGUGUAUGAAGCGCACCACGCCUAACAGUAUGCAAUCCGUACAUUUAUCUUACAAUGUCGCUAGCUAUGUUAGCUUGUUUGUCCAUCGGGUUUUGCACAAGCAUGACGAGCUCACCGACGUUGAGGAUGAAACUUCAAAUUUGGCACAGAAUUUUCCGUUCCGUUCUAUUAAGAGAGCCAAGGAGCUGGCCCGAUCGAAACCAUUUGCCAAGUUCCGACCGUGAGUAAUCAGUAGAAGCAGAAACAGAAACAAAACCGUGUACAGAUGGUGUGUUAGGUUGUUGUAAGUGCGAAAAAUGGUGUGUUGUGAUGGAAUGCGAGCGAACAGUGUGGAUUGAUGCGUUGUACAGUAGCGAACUCUAGUGGUCGUGUUAAGCCGAAGGAAGGACGUACGCGCCGUCAUGUGUACGAGCGUUGUGUGCGUUCGAUGCAAUAGAGUGUUGAGGGAGAUCUAAUCGCCGCUACCACGAGCCCAAAAGCCAAACAGAAAUCGCAGCCCCCACCCCGACAUGAUGGAAAAGAACACAAAAGUAUAUCGCCGGAAGAAAGAAAAUGCUAAAACCCCUAAUUGUUUGAACUAUCUGUGAUUGUGCGGUAAGAGAGAAAGUCGAAUGGGCAAAAAAAAUCAGGCAAAAUCGUUGCUGGUGCGUGUGUUGCGUACGUGCGAGAAGGAAGAAGCGUGUGUGUGUGUGUGUGUGUGUGGGCAAAAUUAAGGACAGGAAAAUUAAUUUAUUGUUAGUAGUUUGUUGUUUACCGGGUCUACUUACUAUAGGGGUAUGGGGGAGGGUGAAGCAGAUAAGAGGCGCAAAGGAUCAAACGCAGUCUGAUCCGCGCCCAUGGCCACGUCCAAAUUUUCGUAAAAAACAGGGGGGCAAAAAGCGAUUGGGGCAAAGUGAAAAUACACACAAACACCACGCAUUCUUUUGGCACAGUGGAACGGUGAACCAGAGGCGAACCGGAUCCAGAAAGAUCGACCGUUUUUGGGGAUGUGAGUUGAGGGGAGGGACGAGAAAUGGGGGUAAAAGGGUGAGAACAAAAAAGGAAUCGACACACACACACGCACGCUUGGAAGCGUAAUCUUAUGGUGCCAUGAACCCUUUUUUCCGUGCGAUGUAGUGGAAAUCUUCCUGAACCGCAAUUGGACAAGUGCGAAUGUACGAACACGGUAAUGGAAAAACAAACACUAUAAAAACGAAAAGCUUAUUUAUAAGUUGACAUUACACGGGGCGGGAAAGCUACGUGGAAAAUCUCUCUGUGCUGCAUAACCACACCACAAGGCGCAGGAUUGACGAGAAAAAAAACCAAUGGACGAAACACGAGAAGAAUAGAGAAGAAGAAAAGAAAAAGAAAUACGGUUGGGAAUACGAAAAACAAAUGCUAAUUCCACUUCCAGUGAUAUAUCUUAGGCUUAAGUUUUGCAAUGAUUAUGUUUCUGUAUUAUUCCUUUUUUUGUUUUUGAUUUUUGUUUUUUUGUAUCAAUCCCCAAACAGUUUCGUUAAGAUAUGUUUGUCCACGCAAAAGUUUAAUUUUGUCCCUUAGUUGGAGCUUCCUUGUUUCGGGCACGAUUCGGUAGCGUGAAAAAUCAGUCUUCAAAAUUCGAGUCAUAACUGUAACGUACAUACAAACUGCUAAUACAAAUCAGCUACCGAAUCUUUGAUCGCUUAAGUGAAGGAGGUGGUGAGCACAGCCUGUUCCGCGAUCCCUCUCCAACCAACCUGUCCGUUGUCCCUUAUACCCCGUAGAUGGAUAGAAAUUAUGCUUAGUAAACAUUAAUUAUGCUUUCUCCGUUUUUUUUUUCAAAAUCUAAUCUCUCUCUCUCACUCACUCUCGCUCUGUCUCUAGUUUUCCGAGCACGUGCUAUAUAUUGUACGCAGUUCGGAUUCUAGUCAGAUUCGGAGAAGAAAACGGCACAGAUCUUUAUUCUGCCGUUAGCUUUGAAUGCCUCGAAACAAUCAGUUGUGUUGUGGGCUGUUGGCGCAGAGACCCAACAGCAAUGGGUAGCACCGGAAGUUAGGAAGGGCGAGCUCCUAACAUUACCAAACAAAUCCUUUCAAAUUCUUCCAUCAUAUUUUUUCGUUUCUUCUUUUUGCUCGGAUGUAUUCAAAUCCGGGUGCAAAUCCGUCACCAGAACCGUGAGAAGGGAAGAAGUUGCUACUUCAAAAUUAUUACCAUUAAGUGUUAGAAGUCUUUGAACGGCGAAACAAAACAGAACACGUAGGUGGACCUGUGUGUCGAUCACGGUGAGGCGUGAAGCGAGAAAAAAGAAAAAAUUUUGAAGAAUACGAAACAAGAGAGAAAAAAAGGAUGAAAAAAGAGAGCGCAAUUUAUUUUGUAUUUAUCUAAUAAAUACAGUUCAAACACAGGAAUGCAAAAAAAACAACAAAAAGAAGUAAAUUAAUUUAACUAAAACAUGGAUAAACAAGGUAGAUAUUAGGAAGGUAAUAUAAAAUAUAUAUAAAUAUAGUUUGAAGCACGCAAUUGUUGGAGAGAGAGAGAGAGCGCGAGGUGGAGAGCGAGAAAGUGAUGUGCAAACAGUGGAAAUGGGAAUCAGUUUUGGGUUGGAAAAUACCCCGAGAGCGUGAAAGGGGAAGGGUGAGAGUGCAGAGUAGAAAACAAAGUAUGGAAAGCAUGCCUGUUGUGUCGUGGAAAGGAAUGUAAUGUGUAUUAUAUGUAGGCAAAUAGGAUAUGAAGGUUUUUUUUUUGCGCAAAAGAAACAAAAAAACAAUUAAAAUAAAAUGCACAACCGGAAAAGCAAGUGCUAAAACACAAACAAGCGGAAAAAGGAACAAAACAACAGACACCUACACACAUGCCGGUCAGAAUGAAUAAAAUGGGAAGGAAAAACCGAAUCCCUCCUCCGGAACGUAAACCCUCGUAAAGCGCACCAAUAUAUCAGCAAACAGAAUCCGAGCAACAGAAUUGAUCGAUUGCCGGUCCCCCCGAUUAAAUGAUGAGUCCUACUCCACUGUCACUAAUUUGCUUCCCGUUUUGCCGAGCUAAAUGUCUACCGAACCGGCGGAUGGCAUACGCAAACGAAUGGAUGCAAAUCCAUAGAAUACCACACGGUGAUGAUAGGAAACCUUGUUGAAAUGAAAAAUUGGUCUCGUUAGUGCACACACACCCACAUACACAAAUCACAGACAGCUCAAGUUGCAAAGAAAAGCGCAGGCAGACGGAGUUAAAUGAAAACACAAACAGAUAGCGCACAGAGCAAUAGAACCAGGGCAGUGAAAGCAACAGCGGCAAGCAAAAACCGGUCAAAACCAACUGGUAAUGUGUAUAAGAAAGAGGAAACAAUAAACAUAUUAUUCUGAAUGAAUAACAAACGUA